GUACCCAGGCCCAGAGACUUGCCCAGUCGCACAGGUGAAAACUGUGUGAUGUAAUGGGGUCUCAAACACAAAAGUUUCGCUAGAGGUGCUGUCUUUCCUUCUCUCCAUUACUGGGAGUGGCAGGUGGCUAGAAGUCAGAUGUCUUGUCAGGCCAUGGGCCCUCCAUUGCUUCUGGAGCCCAGCUACAAAAUGCUUCAAAAAUAAAAGGCAGGAUCAGUCUCGCGGGUCCGAGGCGGGGUCAGAAGAUCAGAGGAUACGGUGGUCUACUUUCGGAGCUGGACAAAGGAUGCUGUGGAGGCCAGCAGCCCUUAGUGGAGUUAGAGUGCCCCGUCGCGGUCGCAGAGGAACAUUGACCCUUCGCGGUCGCCGUAGCCAAGCCGGAAGCGCGGGUCGGCCCGUUCACUGUCCAGCUGGCAGUGGACACGGAGACCCGGGAUGGCGGGGGUGGCGGGCGCGGGGGCUCUGGAGCCCCCGCUGUGCUCGGAGCAGUUCGGCUCCGGAGCCGCCCGGGGCUGCCGCGCCGCCGCGGACGGGAGCCUGCGGUGGGAGGCGGCGGGGCGGCGCGGGUGGCGGCUUCCGAGGAUCUUCUCCGCGACCCCUGAGGGACGAGGAGGGGACGGCGACGGGGCUCCGGGGGCCGCCUUGCAGCCGCUCGCGGGUCUCCAGGCCGUGUUCCUGCCCCAGGGCUUCCCCGACAGCGUCAGCGCGGACUAUCUGCCCUACCAGCUGUGGGACUCCGUGCAGGCCUUUGCUUCCAGCCUCUCGGGCUCCCUGGCCACCCAUGCGGUCUUGCUAGGCUUGGGGGUGGGGAACGCGAAAGCCUCGGUGUCUGCUGCCACGGCCACCUGGCUGGUGAAAGAUUCAACUGGCAUGUUGGGCCGCAUCGCCUUCACCUGGUGGAAGGGGAGUAAACUGGACUGUAAUGCAAAGCAAUGGAGGCUCUUUGCUGACAUUCUCAACGAUUUAGCCAUGUUCCUCGAGAUUAUGGCUCCCAUAUUCCCAAUCUGUUUCACUAUGACCGUCAGUACAAGCAACCUGGCCAAGUGCAUUGUGAGUGUGGCCGGUGGGGCCACUCGGGCUGCGCUGACCGUGCACCAGGCCCGGAGAAACAACGUGGCCGAUGUGUCAGCCAAGGACAGCAGCCAGGAGACACUGGUGAACUUGGCGGGGCUCCUGGUCAGCCUCUUGCUGCUUCCUCUGAUAUCAGAUUGCCCUAGCCUCAGCCUUGGAUGUUUCUUCCUCCUCACUGCCCUUCACAUUUAUGCCAACUACCGGGCAGUCCGUGCCCUAGUCAUGGAGACUUUGAAUGAAAGCCGACUCCAACUGGUCCUGAAGCACUUCCUUCAGAGGGGAGAGGUACUUGACCCAGCUUCAGCCAAUCAGAUGGAGCCACUGUGGACAGGUUUCUGGCCAUCUCUGUCUUUGUCUCUGGGGGUCCCCUUACACCGUUUGAUCUCCAGUGUCUCUGAGCUGCAGCAGAUGGUAGAGGGGCACCAGGAGCCCUACCUCCUUCACUGGAACCAGAAGCGAAACCAGGUACAAGUGGUUCUGAGCCAGAUGGCAGGCCCUGAGACUGUCCUUAGGGCUGCCACACACGGGCUUGUGCUUGGAGCCCUGCAAGAAGAUGGACCCCUUCCAGGAGAGCUAGAGGAACUGAGGAGCCGGAUGCAGGCAGGUCCUGAGAGAGAUGGCUGGGUCGUCAUCAGGAAGUUACACCAAGUGCUGGACAGGAUGUUCCCAGAGUUCUUAAAAGCCCAGAGUCUCUUCCCCAGGAUUACCAGCAUCACCUCAUGGCCUUUCUGUAGGACUGCAGACCGCAGGCUGGAAGACUGAGAAGCACCAGUUAGAAGUGGAUGAGUGGAGGGCUACGUGGCUCCCAACUCCAGAAAAGAAGAUUUUGUGAGCAGCCACAUAUUGGCCCAGGGCUCAGGACAGGAGCUGGGAGCAAGGAUCAAGCUACAGCAUGUGUGGGAAGGCACCUUUAUUUUUGCUCAAGCAAACUGCUAUGGCCAGUUGACCAUUCGCCUUGUGGGAAGAAACUGCCCAUCAGAUGGACUAGACCCCACCCCUCUUGCCCUUCUCCUUUUCUGGGAACCACUGCAGGCUCCCCACCUCCACUUUCUAUGAGGCUGAGCUCUAUCGUGAUUGUAGCUCAUGGCGUCUAGCACAUUUGACCCUAUGCAUAAAAGCCCCAGAGGAACACGGCCACAAUCAUCAUGAGCAGGGCAUUGAGGUUGACCACACGGGUCCACCUGGGGUCCUCACUGAUGUCCUCCAGCCGCCUGGCUGCUUCAGUAGCCUCAGUAGGGGGUGGAGGGCUACCUGCCCGACCGCUGUUCAUUCCACAGAACCAGAGCAGGCACCGGUAGAAGGGGCCUGGGUCUGCAGACUGAGACUCUGGGAGAAACGGAGGGCUGCAGUUAGUCUGUAGGAGUGGGCUCCCGGUCUCCUCAAGGCACUCCUUGGGCAGUACCUUACCUUCUAUCU